UUCCGCGCGCCAGCCGGAAGUGCCUGCCACCCGAGGCAAAGGGGCUUCCUGUGGGUCAUGCGUGCGGCUCGGCAUGGCGGCCCCCUUAGCCGGGAAGAAGAUCGUGUUUGUCACGGGGAACGCCAAGAAGCUGGAGGAGGUCAUUCAGAUUCUGGGAGAUAAGUUUCCAUGCACUUUGGUGGCACAGAAAAUUGACCUGCCAGAGUACCAGGGAGAGCCUGAUGAGAUUUCCAUACAGAAGUGUCAGGAGGCAGCUCGCCAGGUGCAGGGGCCCGUACUGGUGGAGGACACCUGUCUGUGCUUCAACGCCCUUGGGGGCCUCCCUGGCCCCUACAUAAAGUGGUUUCUGGAGAAGUUAAAGCCUGAAGGUCUCCACCAGCUCCUGGCUGGGUUUGAGGACAAGUCAGCCUAUGCGCUCUGCACGUUUGCACUCAGCACCGGGGACCCCAGCGAGCCAGUGCGCCUGUUCAGGGGCCGGACCUCGGGCCGGAUUGUGGUGCCCCGAGGCUGCCGGGACUUCGGCUGGGAUCCUUGUUUUCAGCCUGAUGGAUACGAGCAGACGUACGCAGAGAUGCCCAAAGCUGAGAAGAACACCAUCUCCCAUCGCUUCCGGGCCCUGCUUGAGCUGCAGAAAUACUUUGGCAGCCUGAGUCCUCCGGUAGCCGGUGACAGUCACCCUGGCGGGGGAUCUGGGGAAAGCUAGCCCAAAACCUCCCCCAUCAGGCACCCCUCCAAGUACUUCCUUCAGGGUUCCCACUUGCUAGGGGUGUUGAGACCACCUCACCAGCCCUGCUUGGAGGAGCAGCUGGCUCUGCUUGGAGAAACUUUGGGCAGGGACACCAUUUUCUUGCCCUCGGGGAUUCAGUGGUCCCUCCUGCAGCCCCUGGCUUAGGAUCCUAAAAGGACCUUGGAUGUUAUCCUGGCCACAUCAGGAUGGAGGUUUCGGGAAGAACCACACAAAUAGCCCUAGAUGUGUAAAAAAUGCAACAAGUAAGAGUACUGGAAGACACUUGCCUCCAAAAUAAACGAUACGUCCAUUUUGAAACCUGC